CAUUGUGCUGGGUGGGAGAAAUUCAAGAGACAAUGAAAUUCACAAUCAAGAAAAAUAACUGACACAAGGAUUAAAGAAAUAAGAAUAGCUUUGACUUGCACCUCAGGAGUGCUGGUUUGUGCUCCUCUUCAGCCUCGUUAUGGAUACGUCUGCCUGAUUGCGGAUUGUGAGCGGAAGUCUGAAAGUUCUCGGGGAUGUGAGCACUUGCGAAGGAUGUACUAAGCUGAGCACUGCACGGCAGGAUUUUUCAAGGUUGGAGUGCAGCUGCUGUCUCUAGCCACUGAAAAGAGAACCUUGCGUACGAAGAGAACUGCCUCAGUUUCUCUCUCUCUCUCUCUCUCUCUUUCUAAUUAAACAGAAACAAGCAGCAUCCUUCAGUCCCAGGGUUUGCAAUGGAAGACAUCCAAAGGAAAAAUAACGGAGCAGAACAAAUUGGGAAUUAAAAAAGUCAGGAGUAAUCAAGGGAAUCUAAAGCAAGAACAUUAAAAAAGAAAACAAAAAUAAGUUGAUACCAGAUUACAUCUCAGGCUAUUUUUUAUUUUAUUUAUAUUUUUGGUUUGUGUUGGGGGCUAAUCUGAAAAGAUUUGGUUGUGCAUUGCUUUGCUUCAGCCAGUCUGUGGAGUAUAGGAUCACAAAUAGCAUUUCAAGGCCAUGGACGUAGCAUCUUCUCCCUCCUGUUGGCUUACCAUGGCGAACUGUUCUGUUUUUAAGUGAUCCUGCAGUGAAAAUUCUGCUGUGUGCAGAGGUCUUGACAUGACAACUGAGAACUGAAACAAAAAAGAUCCCACAUUGGCAUUUGUGUUCAGAAGACCUAGCAGGUCAUACUGCACAUGUGGACAUAAGGCUGUCCUUGAAGUGAAAUGUUUGUACGCAGAUUUCACACAUAAAUUUGUGUGCACACACGAUUUAAAAGGCACACCCUGAGGAAAAGGCAUUAAGUAAAGAAAAAACAAAACUAAACAAUAAACAAAAAACAAAAAAACAAGAUGGUCAAAGGGAAGAUUUCUUCUCCAAGUGAGCCAUGACAGUAUGGUGUACUGUUUGAGUCGAGUCAUGCUGCACACAGCCGUGUCUUGCUGGCAGCCUUUGCUGGGGCUGGCCCUGAUGGCCAUUUUCGUGGGCUCCAGUCUGGCCUGCCCCUCCCGCUGUGAGUGCUCCGCCCAGAGCCGCUCUGUCAUCUGCCACCGCAAGCGCUACACCGCUAUCCCUGAUGGAAUCCCCAUCGAGACACGAAUCCUUGAUCUCAGCAAGAAUCGCAUCCAGGCCGUCAACCCUGAUGACUUUGCUGCCUACCCACACGUAGAAGAACUGGACCUGAGUGGGAACAUCAUUGCCUACGUAGAGCCCGGGGCCUUCAACUCUCUCUAUAGCCUCCACUCACUGAGCUUAAAGAGCAACCGCAUCAAGCUCCUCUCGUUAGGUGUCUUCUCUGGCCUCACCAAUCUGACCACACUGGAUAUCAGUGACAACAAAGUUGUCGUUCUGGUGGAUUUUAUGUUCCAGGACCUGCGCAACCUAAGGUCACUGGAGGUUGGUGACAAUGAGCUAAUUUACAUUUCUCAUCGGGCUUUCAGUGGACUAUUAUCACUGGAGAGCUUGACGCUGGAGCGCUGUAACUUGACGGUGGUGCCCACAGAUGCCCUAUCUCAUCUGCACAGCCUGGUGAGUCUACACAUGCGCUACCUCAGCAUAAGCAUCCUUCACCCCUACUCCUUCAAGAAGCUAUUUCACCUCUGUCACCUUGAGAUCGACAACUGGCCAUCACUUGAUGUGUUCCCAGCUAACUCUCUGAAUGGCCUCAACCUAACCACACUUUCGGUGACCAACACCAACCUUUCCACUUUCCCCUACCAGGCACUUCGCCACCUGCCAUACCUCACACAGCUUAACCUCUCAUACAACCGCAUCCGGACGGUGGAGGGUGGCCUGCUUCAGGACCUGGUGCGAUUGCGAGAGCUGAGGUUGGCCGGAGCUCAAUUGGUGUCCAUCGAACCUUAUGCUUUCCAGGGCAUCCGCUGGCUCCGCUUGCUAAAUGUCUCCCACAACCGCCUCGAUACCCUGGAGAGGGGAGUGUUCCACGCUCCUGAGGCCCUGGAGGUGCUGUUAAUCAAUGACAACCCUCUGGUGUGCGACUGCCGUCUCAUGUGGUUGCUGCAAAGGCGCCAUUCCAUUUCUUUUGGUGAUACCCAGCCAGAGUGCAGCACACCAGAGGGCAUCCACGGACGCCCCUUCAAGGAGUUCAAAGAGACCCUGCUAUCCUACUAUGUGACUUGCACCAAGCCGAAGAUACAAGAAAAUCGGACACAGAUGGUAUCAGUUGAGGAGGGACAGUCGGCUCGGUUGUACUGCAGUGCAGAGGGGACCCCACGACCCACCAUUUCCUGGGUCACACCACGCCGACGACACCUGACCAACAGGAGCCACGGCAGGGUGACUGUCCACAACAAUGGCUCUUUGGAUAUCAAGGCAGCUGAAGUUCAGGAUGACGGUGUGUAUAUGUGCGUGGCCUCUAACACAGCAGGCAAUGACACACUUAUGGUAUCACUGGCAGUGAAAAGUCUGGGCUCGCUGUAUGCCAACAGGACCCAGCAUUACACAGAUACGAGCAAUACUACUGCCAACGGUACCAACCUUCCCAAUGUGACCUUUGGCCUUGACCUAAAAACUAUCUUAGUUUCUACAGCCAUGGGCUGUUUCACAUUCCUAGGAGUGGUUCUAUUCUGCUUUCUGCUCCUGUUUGUGUGGAGUCGAGGAAAAGGCAAACAUAAAAACAAUAUUGAUAUUGAGUAUGUGCCACGCUCAAAGUCCAAUGGGACCUGCGCUGAGGAGGCAGAUCAAGGUGCUGGGCCACGGCGCUUUAACAUGAAAAUGAUUUAAGACAUUUAAAGCUAUACCAGUGGGAAUUUACGCAGAUCUUUAUUUCACAAAAGGGACCUGGAACAGGAAUCUUUAAAAUCAAUGCCAGGAAACUUAACAGCUCCAGAGAUUCCAUUCAGGUUUGGUUCAGCUUGGACUUCAGUGAAUUCACAAAGGAUAACAUGUGUCAAUAUUUAACCAUUUUCAUUUUCUAUGAAACCCUCUGGGUAAGAGGGGAUGUUCACCAACACUCCUGAAUUGUGUACAGAACAGAUUUGUAAAAUUCAAGUAUUACUCUUAGUUGCCGAGGCUCACAUAUGCUUUCUCACUGCAACCAACAGAUAAUUGGGAAUCUGUUCUCUCAUUCAUUCUCCUGCAUAUAUGUACGUAAUGCCCAGUUAUGUAUGUGUAUGUUAACAUGUAAAAUUACUUUCUUUUGUUUCAAAAUGUAAUGACCGCCAAAAUUUGCAUUUCCUAUGUGUUUGAAGGAAACAUGACCAAGCCAUCGUCUCGCUUCUCAAACUGUUUGAGGCUGGAGGACAAAAAGAUUUAGUGGGUAUGAAAUGUUAACUGAAGAAAGUGUGUGCCGUUUGUCUACCCCAAGUUAUUCUCCUUAUCUGAAGAAUAUUAUAUUUGUUUAUAAUCUGGAGAAAAAAAAAGAAGAGAGAUUAUUUAUUAAAAAAGGCCUUUAAAAUCAAAUUCAAUAAUACAAGGUGAACAUUUUCAAAUUGUUUAAAAACAUGCAUUUUAUUAUGAUUUUGCUGUAAGUAUACACCUUAAUUUCAAACAUACACCCAUGUUUGGUUGUGCUCUUGUCCAUUACGUGACUCUAACCCCUUACCUGGUACAAAAUACAAAAUGUCUUCAUUUCCAUUCGUCAACAUUAUAAUUUUUUUAUUUUUCCUUCCCUAGUAAGAAAAUCUGACUUUGUUGUGGUAGUUUCUCAUUUUGUUGUUGAAUCAUUUAGAUUGUAAACAGUUAAAAAGUAAAAGAUAAAAAUACAUGUAU